CGCCCAACUCGUCGUUUCCCCUUUGGGUUCCACUCGAGGGCCUGACGCGUGAUGCCUCCGAAUGGUCUUCUCAGUGUAUGAACAAUCCAUCUCCACUUCCUUCUGCAUAUUUGUUGGGUGAUGGGUUAGUUGGCAGAUUUCCUUGUUGUUUAUUCUUUCUAAUCAUCUGAUCUGAUCUUCGGUAUGGAGUGAGCGUAGGCGGCAGCUGUUGAUGUAUGUCUGCAGUUUGUUGAAAAUGCUUUACGCAAUGCGCCAAGUCUCUCAGCCAUCACAUAGAAGCACUGACUUAGUGUUGAAAAUCCGGAUCUUGUUCUUUAUGCUGAGUGGAGUGCAGUAGAUCACACUGAUUUCGGGUUAACGGAAGGCCUGUCUUGCUUUGACAUCGUCGUCUGCGCCGCCUAUAGUUGAAACGAUGCUGUCUAGGUAGGUAGGUAGAUGAAAGAGACAAUUUCCUUCACCUUUUCGCCCGUUGAUCGUUAUUCGUGCUUGUUGUUGUUGGUUGGGUAUCUUCAUCACCUCUGCUUUCUCUACGUUCAUCUGAAGGAAGUUCUGUCUUCGCUGUCUCACUUCGCCUCUUCUGCCAACUUGUUGGUUUUCGCCUGUAGAUCUUGGAGUUUGUGUGACAUUAGACACAAAUCAUGAUGAGCGAAAUCCAAAUCUUCUAGGGUGUUUUCACCGGUCAAACAGCGUAUGCCCAUCCUGCUCUUCUCAGUUUGUUGCAUGAUCCAAUCCAGUGCAGUCGAUCACAAUCAGAAAGAUCAUCGAUGGUGAUAGUAGCUAACCUUGUCUUACUGCUGUCUUCACUUCAAAGGCAUCCACUGUGAAUCACUUGGUAUGUAGCGUCGUAAUAUAGCUGUUGAAUGAGGUUGAUGAAGUAGAAGAUAUAAAGCUGUUACAAGGUUUUCAUCAUAGGUGUCUUCAUAAUAUCGCUCUCGUUUGGUGGAAUCACUGUAUGAGCAAUGUUGUGGUCAGGUGAAGGGUACUAGACAAGGCAGGCAAGUCGAUUAAUAAGGUUAUGAACAUUUGUCAACUGAAGUGGCUUGGACGUGCGUUGCACAUGUCGAGUCACCGCCUUCCUCAAUGCAUCACGCUGGGUGAAGUUGUAUUAGGUUGGAAGAGGGUUCAAAGUGGCACCAGUCGACGACUGACUGCCGACUUCCUGGUUGGGGUAAACAAGACGUAAGAAACCAGUCAUUGAAGACUCUAGGUGAGAUGGUUGAUAAUUGAUCAAAGCGGCUCAAAUGUGUAUUCACUCCAUGAAAUCUUGUAAAGCGUGAAUAUUUGCUGAAACCGUUAUCUACAAUUUUCUCUACUUGGAUAUCACUUUUAUUCUAUCCACCUAUUUUUUGUGUACUUCUGUGAAGUGUGGGGCAACUUGAACCGAUGUACUUGUGUACGAGGUUCUGCAUUGAUUUUUUCUCCUUGUCAAACGUCAUACGCAUUGGUUUUUCUAUGAUACCCUUUUGAUGUGGAUACUACAACUUAUCUGGACGAAUAGGCACUGAGGUUUUUGGGAGUAGUUGUAGCAGUUUCCUCAACGAAUGUUGGCACUUUCUGACAGUCAGUAAACACAAGUAAAUUGUCGUAAUAUUGUUCCAGCCUCAAAAAACUGUCUAUAACUUCUUUUAAACCAUAUAGUAAAAGAGAGAACCUUCAACCAGCUACUUUCUAUACAGUUUCCUAGAUUUUUUGAUGAAAGCUAUACAAGAUUUCUUGGAGUUAGAAUAUUUAAUUGUAAACUGUUAAAAACUUGUUUAAAUAGACAAAUUCCACAGAUUUUCUUUGCAUGUGAGAAGUUUAUCAGCCUAUCCAUUUACCCACUGAUAAGAGUGUGAUGAUUUACGAAGAAAAAAAGCAGACCGAAGAACGAUGCUCGCCAUCUCUAAUUCGGUUAUAUUCCGAUUGGAAUAAUUCCUGAUUGGGCAUAUAAUAUGGUUUAUGAUGAACGGACAAUUAUGAAUUAAAUAAUCACAUGACAGCUAGGAAAAAACCGUAACUGUUUGAAGUGACGUCGUCAUCAUCAAUCAAGAUCAACAUGGGAGUAGCCGUUACUGCAUAGUGAUUUAAGUUGCUAGUCACACCUUACAUUUUAGCACAUCAAGUAACAAGGCAAUAAAGUGGAAGAUGGAUGAAAAAAGAUAAAUCGGCGGAAAAAAAACAGAAAGUAGUAGACGAAAUGAGGGAGGAAUAAGAAAAUAGUGAGGAUAAUGUGUGUACACAUCUGUGCUACUGACAUGAGUUCGCAGCUAUAUCGCCUAGAGUCUCCAACCACUGAUGGUUUCUCUUGUCCCAUGGACCUCAAUCGGCUAGCCUGCAUCUCCUUGCAUGACUCAGGUGUAGAGUGAAAGAAUUCAUGCAGUAACGCCGUGAUUUAGUCUGGCUGCUCCGAGCCUUUUUCCAGCCUGAACCUACUUCGGUCAACAUUGUGUGACGAGGCAGAUGGUGGUUAGGCAUACAUAAGACAUGUCUCAGCGAUCUCACUCGGUGAAGGUUGACAACCACAUCAACUGACUUACCUCGUUUACCUAAAACUUAAACUUAUUUUUACGUUAGUGACACCAUGACAUGACAAGGGAUGUAUAACACAUGCCCUAGCCAUUCGAGACGAUGUGGGUUCAGACAGACAGAGACAAAAUCAACGUAGAACCUCGCACGCAAGGACAUCGGUUCAACUUACCACAAUAAACAGCUGGAUAGAAAAAUUAUGAUAUCAAAGUAGAUAAAGUUCUGUGACGGAAUAUUCAAGAUUUAGAGGACAUAAAAGGGAGAAUAUAUCUGCACUAUUGUAACAGAUUUUCAGCCAUGUCACCAAGAGUCAGUCCUCAUCCACUGAUUCCUAUCGUCUCGGAGUCCCCAUCCAAGUAGUUUACACCUCCCUUUCAGAGUGAGAGACUUCAUUGAUCAGUGCCACAUCUUGGUCUUGCCACCCUGAACCCUUUUCUUGCCUAAUCCAGCUUCCAUACAGUAUGACAGUGGACUAAGUUUCAUAACUGCAUCAAUCAACUUGCCUGUCUUGCCUAGUACCCUUCGUCUGACCUUAAAACUGCUCGCACAAUGAUUCAACCAAGCAACAGGAUCGAUACAUAAACACUUGUGAUCAAAACCAAUAAAGGUUCAUAGCGUCAGUGACAGACUUUCUUAUCCUAUCCAAAACUGCUCGCCUGGCAUCUACAUUACUGACAAGUUGGUAGUGUGACGUUCUGAAGUUUUCUAUAUUCUAAUGAACAGCUGCAAAACAAGGCAGAGGAGAAGAGAAAGCUUUUGGUGUUUGAUCAAUGUAGCCUUGGUAGCAUAGACCGUGUAUUAUGAUGUUACAGAAAUCAGGUGUAGAGUUUUAAAGAGGAGAGGAAUGUCAGUUGGCAAGGUUGUGAAUCCUCAUUAACUGAGAUUAGUGGGAUAUAUAUUGCACAUGCCUGCCUUGUAACAUAAUUUUGGUUGAAUUAGGUCCAGGCUGAAAAAUGGGGAGUUACAGCCAGAUUGCAUGAAGUCUUUAACUGAACCUCAGUCUUAGCCAUAUUAGGAGAUGCAGACUAAUUGGUUGGGAUCCACGUGACAGCAGGAACCAGUGUUUGGAAGUUAUAGGUGAUGAUGUUGCGCAGAUGUAUAUAUCCACACUGCAUCCUCAUCUUAACCGCUAUGCUGGAUUCAGCAUUUUCUCGUUCCUCCUUCCUCUCUUUUACUUCUUUUGACCGCUUAUUUUCUCUUUCUUCAUCGUUCAUCCUACUACUUGUUACUUGGUAUGCUGAUAUGAGGUGCAGCUGGCGAUUUGGACCGUUGCUUAGUUAUGCCUGAUCGUAUGUUGAUAUUGAUUGAUUCAGACAUCAAAUAGGGGGUAACAGAUUCAAACAAACUGUGAUUAUAACUUCACAUAUUAGGUAUGAGUUUGAGGUCAGGUCACUAACUUGUACACGGUCUUUGACUCCGUCGAUCAAGAAGUCUUACAGCAAUGUCUCUCACUGAAAGGGAUACCAAGUAAAUACAUCAUCUUAUUGAAGGCUCUUUACUCGAACACCUGUGGACGUGUUAGAGCCUAUGGUGAGAUGUCGGGCAAGCUGUGUACGUUGAAUGAUAUGCUUCAAGAAUGCCAACUCUUUUCAUUCUCAUUCCAUCUCAUCUUAGACGUUCUUAUGGAGGUCUCCCUCUUGACAUGUGACUACACAGGGACUGGACGAAUCAUAGGAGAAUUUUUAGAAUACGGAGACGACAUAGUCGUGUUAGGCAAAGACGCUGUUUGGGAUGCAUUCCUUGCCACCCAAAUACAAAUUACUGCUCCAGGACUAGCCUUCAGAGAUGUCCCGGUUAACAACAGAGGGUAAAGUGGUUGAGUGUGUUAAACACUUCACUUACCUGAGAAGUUAGAUCAGCCCUAGUGUGUGGGUCAGUGGUCGAGGAAAUCUCUGCAUGGGUACCGAAAGGCUGGAUGGGCUUUUGCCAAACUUACACUAUCUGUGGCGCCACAGUGUACUGUGCUACAGUCCCUUCUGUUCUACUGUAUGUCUGUGAAACAUAACCAUUCAAGGUAGAAGACAUGAGAUGGUUUUUGAUGUUUGACUAUCGCUGCCUCCGUAGCAUAAGUUGUGUUUCUUGGUGUCACCAUGCAAGUAACCUAGAAGUCAGACGUAAAGCUUUAAGGAGGAGAUGUAAGUCAGUUGAUAUGGUUGAGAACCUUCAUCGACUGAAAUGUGUUACAUAUGCCUAACCACUGUACACACUGUUGAUCAAAGUAGGCUUGUAGCUUAGAAAAAAGCUUGAAGUGGCCAUAGGAAACAAUCCAGUCUAAUCAAUACUCAUACAACUAUCCAGAUAUAUGAACAAAUUUUCAACUCCUUUCAACCUGGUUCAAAGCAUAUAUAUGUAUAUUUUUAUAAUUGUUAGUACAUUUCUUAUGAUCAUGGUUAACUUUGUCUCUGUGUCUACUUUAUCCCCCCCCCCUCACUUUUAGUUAAUAGUCAACUAUUAUUCCGUGAAAAUUAUUGCUUCCUUCAAUGAUCUAUACACCUUUGUCAAUUUUUACAACUGGUAAUAUAUAUAUAUAGAAUCUAUUUAAGUCUUAUAUCUAUCUAUAUAAUAAUAGAUAUAUGUAAAGCAGUUAUCUAUUUAAAUCAUCCACAAAUGAUACCAAUAAAACUUUUUAAACAAUUAUGGCAGAAAGCUUAUCCAAUCGCUUUUGUAGAUGGUUUCGCUAAUCAUAUUUAUAAUAAUAAUAUACAUGAUUUAAGGGAUAAUUAUUUACCAAAUUUUUUAACUGGUGAUUUUGAUUCUAUUGAAAAAGAAGUUUUAAAAUUUUAUUAUUCUAAGAUGAAUGUUUCAGUUAUUGAAACAUUAGAUCAAAAUGAAACUGAUUUUACAAAGUGUUUACGUGUUAUUAUCAAUUAUAUCGAAGAGAAUAAUAUAAAUAUAGAUAUGAUUACUGCAGUACAAAUGAGUGGUGGACGAUUUGAUCAUGAAAUGGCUUCAAUAAAAACAUUAUAUGAAACAAGAAAAUUGACUAGUAUCCCAUUAAUUCUUAUAACUGAAUGCUGUGUUAUAUUUCUGUUGGAUGAAGGUGAACAUACUAUAUACGCUAAUACAGGAUAUGAAGCUGAGCAUAUAGGCUUGAUUCCUGUUGGACAAUCUUGUCAAGUAACAACUAAAGGUCUUCAAUGGGAUUUAGAUAAUUUAACACUUUCAUUUCAUGGUAUUGUUUCAACAUCGAAUCGACGAAUAAGUGAGAUAAUUCAAGUGAAAUGUGAUCAACCUUUAAUUUUUACUAUGGAAUAUAAUUCUGAGAAAAUAAUCUGCUUAGAAUAGAUCAUAUAUAGAAAUCUUAAUUUUUGUAUAAUGUUUGUCUAUAACCUUAUCAUUUGACUGUUUCGUCAAAGGUCGAAUUCUCAUUGGUUGUUUUUUUACUCUUUUACCCUAAUGAGUUUGGGAGAUGUAGAGAUUUUUCAUCAUGAAUGACUCGUUGUCAAUGGUGCAUCUUUGAGGAUAAAUACGAUAAUACGAUGAUGUUGUUGUGGGGGCAGUCUCGCUAUGAUGUGAACUAACAGAAGUAGACAAUACACAGCAUUGAAUACCGAUGGUAACGUGGUCGUCAUGGAAUCUGAAGGUGGUGGGUGCGCACCGUGAAACAACUACUGCUCACAAGUUUCCAAUCUUCUUCUAACUGAUGUUAUUCCAUGACGAUAAACUAACAAAUC